AUGGCUGAUCAGCUCGAUAUCGGUCGUCUCUCUAUGCACGACUCGCAGCACGCCCCCAGUGGCUUCCAGCCCGAGCGCUCCGCCUACAUCCCUCCUCACAUGCGGCGCCAGCAGCAGUCUGGCCCGCCUCCCGCGAUGGACGCUGCUCCUCCCAUGAUGAAUGGUGGUGGCGCCAUGAACGGCAGCGCUUGGGGUCCCAAUGGCGGUGGAUAUGCGGGCGCUCCUCCUUCUCAGCAGCAGCCACCGCAGCAGCAGCGUAUGAAUGGUGGCGGCAACUGGGCGAACGCAAACGCUCAGAGCUUCACCCCACGAGGUAGUGAUGCUCCCUCCCCCCGUGGCGGCAACGGCGGUUGGAACGGUGCCGCCCCGGGCAAAUUCGACCCCAAUGCUUACGCAAAACCAGGUGCAGGCGGUUCCGGAGGUGCCUCUGCACGCGGGUCUGGUGAUGGACAGUGGAGGGACGGCAAGCACGUCCCCGGUCCUUCUAACCCGCGUGUUGAGCGUGAGCUUUUCGGUGUCCCCAACGACCCUUCCAAGCAGCAAACCGGUAUCAACUUCGAAAAGUACGAUGAUAUCCCCGUCGAAGCCUCCGGCCAGGGCGUUCCUGAACCCGUCACUACGUUCACGAAUCCUCCGCUCGACGACCACCUGAUUGCCAACAUCGAAUUAGCCGGCUACAAGGUCCCUACGCCUGUUCAGAAGUACUCGAUCCCCAUUGUCAUGGGUGGUCGUGACCUGAUGGCUUGUGCUCAGACUGGUUCCGGAAAGACGGGCGGUUUUCUGUUUCCCAUCCUCUCCCAAGCUUUCCAGACCGGUCCUAGUGCUGCUCCCGCUGGCCAAUCCGGAGGCUAUGGUUAUGGACGUCAACGCAAAGCAUACCCUACUUCUUUGAUCCUGGCACCGACCCGAGAGUUGGUGUCACAGAUCUACGACGAGUCUCGCAAGUUCGCAUAUCGCUCCUGGGUCCGCCCUUGCGUUGUUUACGGUGGUGCCGACAUUGGUUCUCAGCUUCGCCAGAUCGAGCGCGGCUGUGAUUUGCUCGUUGCCACCCCUGGUCGCUUGGUUGAUCUGAUCGAGCGUGGUCGUAUCUCGCUCCAGAACAUCAAGUACCUUGUCCUGGACGAGGCUGACCGCAUGCUGGACAUGGGUUUCGAGCCCCAGAUUCGUCGCAUCGUCGAGGGCGAAGACAUGCCUCCUACCUCUGCGCGACAGACUCUUAUGUUCUCGGCUACGUUCCCGCGGGACAUUCAGAUGCUUGCACGCGACUUUUUGAAGGAGUACAUCUUCCUUUCUGUUGGUCGUGUCGGUUCCACGUCCGAGAACAUCACGCAGAAAGUUGAGUACGUGGAGGACCAGGACAAGCGUUCCGUUCUACUUGACAUCCUCCACACUCACGGCGCCGGUUUGACGCUUAUCUUUGUCGAGACGAAGCGUAUGGCCGAUUCGCUUUCCGACUUUCUCAUCAACCAGGGCUUCCCUGCUACUUCCAUUCAUGGAGACCGAACUCAGCGCGAGCGUGAGAAGGCUCUCGAAAUGUUCCGCACUGGCCGUUGCCCCAUCCUUGUCGCCACAGCUGUCGCUGCUCGAGGUCUCGACAUUCCUAACGUGACUCACGUUGUCAAUUACGAUCUCCCCACCGACAUUGACGACUAUGUCCAUCGUAUCGGCCGCACUGGACGCGCUGGUAACACUGGAAUCUCGACUGCUUUCUUCAACCGCGGUAACCGUGGUGUUGUCCGCGACCUCAUCGACCUGCUGAAAGAAGCCAACCAGGAGGUCCCCACUUUCUUGGAGAGCAUUGCCCGCGAGGGUUCUUACGGAGGAGGUGGUGGUCGCGGAGGUCGAGGCGGCGGUCGCGGCCGUGGAGCCACCGCUACCCGCGAUGUACGUCGCUUUGCCGGCAACGGAGGCAACUCUGGCUUCGGAGGUGGCGGUUGGGGCGGUGCCCCUCAGGGCGGCUUCAGCGGCGGCGCCGGCUACGCUCCUCCCAGCAACUUUGGCCCUCCCGCUGGAGGCUUCGGCGGUGGCAGCGGCGGCAGCUACGGCGGCGGUUACGGCAACCCGUCUGGCCCCGGUGGCAACUCCUGGUGGUAA